CGGCCGGCGGGCCCCAAAACAUUCCAUCCAUUCCUUCGACCAGACACGGCCAUCGGCAAGAGGAGGCUCGCGAGACACGCAUGGCAACGCUGACGACGCUUCCCCUUCCAAGGCAUCCCGAACUUUGAAAUCUGACAACCCUUCUCCCUCGCAUGCUACACCCCUCCCUCGCACCAUCCCUUUGCUUGCAAACAUGGCAUCUGUGUCCUCGCUCGAUCAGGACAUGCGCAACCUCCGCAUGUCCCGCUACACGCCGCAGGCCGCGAAGGAGGUACGGACAUGGAUCGAAGAGACGCUCGGCGAAUCUCUCCCAUCCGGCGAUCUGCUAGAAGCACUCAAGGACGGCGUGGCAUUGUGCAAGCUCGUCAACUUGGUCAUGUCUCCCGGCGUGAAAUACAAGAGCAGUCCCAUGCCCUUCAUCCAGAUGGAGAACAUCAGCCACUUUCUCAGGGCAUGCGAAAUGCCACCCCUCAGUAUGCCCGCGCAUGACCGCUUCCUCACCGUCGAUCUGUACGAAGGGAAAGACCCGGCGCAAGUCUUGCAGUGCCUCAGUGCCUUUUCCCGCCAGGCGCACGCCGCCAGACCAACGGCCAUUCGAAGCACGAUUGGACCCAAGAAAGCUAGCGGUAUUGCAUCGCCCGCGACGGUGGGAGGCGCCGCUACAAAUGGAUCCGGAAGCUGGAAUUCAGGCGCGACGUUCGCUCGCCCUCCAAGCCCGGUCAAAUUCUCGAGUGCCACAUCAGACUCGACGCGAGCUAUGAGUCCUAGUCUGACAGGCGGAUCUUCCGGGCCAGUGAGCAGCUGGAGCAAUCGCUCAGACGAAGGCGUUACUGCUCCCGCGUGGAACAUCCACCAAUAUGGUUAUAUGGGAGGCGCGAGCCAAGGCAAUCAAGGUAUCAGCUUUGGCGCGAGGCGACAGAUUACGAGUCAGGGGCCUGCCGUGCCGAGCUUGGCCGAGAAGACAAGACUCCGGAACGAGAAAGCUGCGGAGGAAGAGAGACGGCGCAGAGAAGAGGAAGAGGCGCAAUUGCGGCGACAGAGAGAACUGGAGGCGGCAGAGGAGCGAGCGAAGCUGGACGAAGAGGCAAAAUGGGAGAGUGAGACCCAACGGCUACGGGAGGAGGAGAGGAGACAUAUCGAGGAGCAGAAGAUGCAGUGGGCCGAGCAGGAGCGGCGAUGGAAGGAAGAAGAAGAGGCCCGGCGACGAGAAGACGCCGAGACGCAACGCCUGCAAAAGAAGCCGCCGGAGAAGCCGAGGGUGUCGAGCAGUAGCAUCCUAAGGGGACAGACUUUGUCGCAAUACCAGCGGGAACAAGCGGCGCAGGGAGGCAAUGCCGCUGCGGCGAUCGAAACCCCUGAGCAGAAGCGAGUUCGGGAGUUGGAGAAGCAGCUGGAAGAAGCACGAGAGCGGGAGAAGCAGUAUCAAGCCGAGCGAGAAGAGCGAUUACGAAGUGGUGGUGACCGAUCACGUGGAUCCGCUACCCCAACCUCCUCGCGACCGGAGACGCGCGAAAGCGAGCAAUCUUGGACGGCCGACGACCGCGAACACACCGCAAACGGUGUAUCGGCGGGGACCAGCGCGUCGAGACUCGCGCCCCUAUCUGACAACGAUGCCCCCUCAUUCUCUCGAUCGCAAUUCCAGACGGAUGGAGCGCCUGAUCUGCCUCAACAACUACAGCCCUCCAUCCCUCAAGCCAUGCAGCCGUCUGACUCAUUGAAUUCCCUGCCCUCGAUUCAGGCAGGUUCGGCGCCCACAUCCUCGCCCCUCGGCAGUCAUAAUCGGCCCGUCCCAACACCCAACAAAGAACAUCAAUCUUACCUCCCAGAUUCCCCGCAGACCCUGAAUCGCACGGACGCCUUCCUCUCCACCAACCCUGCCCCGGCAGCGCAGGGGCCGCGAAUCUCCUCCUCGCAAGAAGCGGGCGAUGCAUCCCUGGAGCAGUCCCGUGACCGCGACUCGCGUCUCGCAUCGCAGCAGAAGACCAAAGCAGGCAACUGGGCAUCGAAGUCCUUGCUUGAGCGGGAGAUGGAGCGCGAGCGCGAGCGGCAACGCGAAUGGGAAGCCAGUCAAGCGGAACUGAAAGACCGGUCACGAGAUCCAAAUCAGGGCGUGGGAGAGGGCCAGAGUUGGGACGUCAAUCAAUAUGGCUAUAUUGGCGGCGACAGCAUGAAUCGGGGAAGCAGCGCUGGAAGCGGGAUCAACUUUGGUGGACGACGGCAGAUUCUGGGCCCGAGGGAGAUGGGCAGUAAGCCGAGAUGAGGCCUUGCAUGAAGGAAUGAAUGUAGCGCUUUCCUUGCCUUGCUACUUCAUAGACGAUGUAAUGUUUGCAGCGAUUGACAUGACGA